ACCCAAACAAAUUUCAGGCCACAAAGACAACACACCUAUCUCAAAACAGAAGAUAUGUCCCCCCGAACAGACUUGCCGAUGACGUCACGAACGCAACCCAUCUUGCGAGUGAGAACCGCGAGAAUCCGCCUGGGGUUCUGUCCGCCGCCGGCCAGCAGAAGACACCGUGACCUCGUCGAAGCAGGAGGGAUUAGCGGCCUCUUAGUGAAGAGUUCUCCGUGUCAUCGUCAGGCCGUAGAGGCAUUAUAUUCGCCAUCAUGAGAACAUUAGUAGAAUAUAGAUAAGUUUCAUAUCUGAGGAUAUCAUAAAAGGAAGGAAGGUGGCAGGAGGUCAGGCCCUCGUCCAGGCAUUCCAACGAUAGCCUGUGGGAAUCGAGAGAUAUGAAAAGGCUCAAGGUGGGAGACGAUUUGAGCCGGCAGUAUUUUCUGGCUAACCAAGACACAGUACAACCAUCAAGCGGCAGGCUUUGGAUGGGAAUAAAAUGUGUUACAGUGGUGAUGCACUUCAAGAAGUUGGUUUUUGUGAAACUUGGAUGGGCCUGGACUUUCAGUAUCUUUGGCAUAUUCAAUCUUCUGUCUCUGCUAAUCCACAAUGACUGGAUCAAAAGGAUGAAGUGCUUUGCUGUGCGUCUAGCUCUCACAACGUUCUUUUUUUACAUAUGGUGCACGAUCACCUUUUCUAGCAUUGAAAGGUAUACUGGCUACUGUGUUCACAAAGGUAUAUCAAUGAACUUCACCAAACGAGAAUGCGUUAAACGGCCAGAGCACGAGUAUGUCUCCUUCGAUAUCUCCGGCCAUUCCUUUCUGCUGGUCUACUGCAUUAUGAUUAUAAUGGAAGAGAGCAAAGAGAUCUUGUACUUUCUUCAGCUCAGCAGACAUUACCGAGGAGCUCCUCCCCUAGAAGGAAAGGAAACUCGGUUGCAGGGAAGGAGGUGAAGAGCCUAGAAAAAGUAUUUAAAGUAAUGUCUCCAUUGAUCAUCCUAGCUUUUCUGGCCAUGGUGGCACUUUCUCUGCUCUGGGAUUUUAUGUUGAUUAUAACCACUAUUUAUUACCAUUCAUUGUUGGAAAAGUUACUCGGUACAGUUCUUUCCCUUGGCAUGUGGUAUAUUUUGUACAAGAGGAUCUUUAUUGUUUUACAUGAAAUAUUGUAGUAAAGUGUACAUUGAAAAUAUAUAAAGAGUACAAGAAGAAAUGAUAAAUUUUAUAAUAUCUAAUUUAUCAAAUUUCUCUUUUAGUUAUAUCCAUCUUUGUCAUUGGGUAUGCUUAGAGACUAGUAAUUUUUAACAAAAAUGUAUAUAAUUAUUUGUAUAUAUUGUGUGGAUGCAUUUUCAUUUGUAAGUAUGAUAAGUCAUACUAUGAUAAUCAGAAAAGUAUCUUUGUAAAAUUAAUAUUUUUUGCUUUAUUUCAUUGGUACAUCAAUGUAUUUUUUUAUUUUAUUCUAAGAUGACUCACUUUGUUAACUUAUUUAUUUUAUGUGAACGCUAUGCAAUUAUUAUGUAAGCCUUUUGUAAAACUGAGAAGAAAUAUAUUUUUAGCUUUAUAGUGCUCAAAUAAAAAAAAUUAAAAAUUCUCACAAAUUUCA